AUGACGACCAUACUCGUGGGAAUCAUCGCCGUGACAACCGUCGCAUGGUUCCUUGUGUCAUGGAGGUGGCGUCCGCAGCAGCCGAGACUGCAAGUCCCCCAGGUGGACGUUGAGGGAAACAAGACGCCUCAGAGAUAUGUUGCGGAGACGGGAAACCUCAUUGCAAAAGGAUAUAGACAGGCAUGUUCCCCAUUUCUCGCGUUUGACACUGGGGCUCGAUUUAACAAUACCGUCCCCAACCUCUCCGACCCCGCGAGCCCUCUCGUGCUGUUGCCGCUCAAGUAUAUCGACGAGGUGGCGAGCGCGCCAGAAGACUGGCUCAGUCUGCAAGAAUACUUCUCUCAGCUCGGCUUGGUCAAGUACACACACGGCCCGCCCAUCUCGUCCGAGGUGCAGCGCGUGGUCCGCGCCGAUCUGAAGCCUGCGCUCGAACCAACUGUUGACGUAGAUGAUCUCAUUCGACCCCUUGAGGAUGCUUGCAAGGAUGGAUUUGGCAAGGAGAUGCCGGAAUGUCAGGAAUGGACCACAGUCGUGCCAUUCAAUCCACUGAUGCGCGUAUUCGUACGCAUGGCCUCACUGAUGCUUGUUGGCCCAGAUCUGCGCGACGAAUGGGCGGAUUUCUCGUUCGAAUACCUCGGCGCCAUGACGAGGGCAACCCGCACAGUUCGCGCAUCAUACCGUCCAUACACGCGUUGGUUGGCUCAGUAUAUGGACCCCGACGUCAGGGCACUAAUCAAGGCUCGUCGCAAGGCCGGGCAAAUCUUGGGCCCAGCCCAUGAGGAUCGGCUCGCACAGCUAGAAGCAACGGAUGGAGAUGGGAGCAGCCGGCAAAGGCGUCUAGAUCCUGAUCGCCACCGCGACGCGCUCCAGUGGUUCACGGAAGACUACAAGAGCCGAGGCGUCAAGCCCACCCCCGACCAGAUUGCCCAGAAUCUGCUGAAUCUCUCCGUUGCGUCCACCUCUCAGGAUGGUUUAGUCGCCCUCUGGUCACUCUUCGACUUGAUCGAUCAUCCGGACGCUUUGAAGGCCAUCCGAGACGAGAUUUCUCGGGUACAGUCCCGACAUUCGUCAUGGACUCGCCAGGCGUUGAAUGAGCUGGAGAUUAUGGACAGCUUCAUGGCAGAGACGAUCCGAAUUCACUCCUUCACGCAGACAUCGGUGAACCGCAUGGUCAUGAGACCUUAUACUUUCAAGGACGGCUUCCAGCUUCCUGUUGGCACGCAGCUAUCGUUCCCGACGCAGCAGUACAGCCAUGAUCCCGACGUAUACCCUGAUCCUCGGUCCUUCGAACCUGAGCGGUACCUGAACAAGCGCAAGCAGCCUGACGGGGCCAAAUUCCACUUUGCCUCCACGGCGGAAUCUUUGGUUUGGGGUCGCGGGCCGCACUCGUGUCCCGGCCGCUUCUUUGUCCAGGAUGCCCUGAAGCUCAUCUUCGUACAUCUUCUCACCCGUUACGACUUUAAAUAUCCGGAGCAAGGCAAGACUCGGCCAAGCCCGGACAUGCCCAACGGGAUUAUGAGCGCGCCCGACGUCACCAUGUCGGUUCUUUUCAAGGAGAGGCAUGUCUAG